AUUGCAUCGUCACUUUGUCAGUUACGAUUUCAAAUAAAAAUUAUCUGGUUUCCGAUUAGACUAAUUAUUAUCCACUGCAUCUUGACUGGCCUAAUUGCCAGUUAUCUUUAGACAAAACGAAAAGAAUAUGCAUUAAUUAAACGUUACGCUAAACAUAGUGUUUUUAGAAGCAUUCUGCCAUGUUUAUUGACAUUUCUCCCACAGAGCACGUGAGUCUGCUGGCGCUGGACGCCAGCUCGCACAUCCGCUGGCUGUACCUGCGCUCCAGCUCCUACGUGCGCUUCAUCGGCACCAGGCUCGGGCAAGUCCUCGCCGCCACUCUCUCGAAUGGACAGGACCCGUCUCUCAUCCACAUCAUCGGGAACAGCCUCGGCGGUCACAUCGCCGGGUUUGCCGGGAAAGCCUUUACCUCAAUAACCGGCAAGCUGAUCGGGCGGAUAUCUGGGCUUGACCCCGCUGGCCCGUGCUUCAGCCACGUCCACCCGGACUUGCGACUCAAGCACACGGACGCCGCGUACGUGGACGUCAUACAUACGAAUGCUGGCAUUUUCGGAAUCAGAGAUGCUCUUGGCCACAAGGACUUCUACCCCAACCGAGGCACGAUGCAGCCCAACUGCAUGCUGCAGUCGUGCUCGCACACCCGCUCCUGGCUGCUGUACGGCGAGUCGGUGAUGUUCCCGCGAGCCUUCCCCGCCGUGCGCUGCAAGGACUGGGCGGCGUUCGAGGACGGACACUGCGAACAUGAGAUCAGUUACAUGGGCUACGCGUCCAAAGCAGACGGCGAGACCGGUCUGUACUUCCUGCAGACCGACGGCGACUACCCCUAUGGUCUGGGCCUCGAUGGCGUGCAGUACAAGAACAACGACGGGUUUGUGCAGACUAUCGGGAACUUUUUUGGAUAACAUUAAAAAAACUUUUUAAAAUCCAAGCCUCCUUUUUUACACUGAUAAUCACGAGAAAGGAGAAAUCAGCAGCAAACAAUGUAUUCGAUCAAAUAUUUUAAUAACGGCGAGCGACUGGUUUCGAGCGUAAAAAGAGCAACUUAAAAGUAUUUUAUCAACACUUUCGUAUCUCAACAGUAGAAUUCAGUUUUUUUACAAUAACAUCGGUAUUGUAAAAUAAAAAAAAAACUGAAUUCAACCUUUUUCGAGAUGGCGACUUGUAACAGUCGGUAGGCUAGUGACUAGUCUCGGGUGAAGAAUACCCGGGCCUGUAGCCAAGUGGCACGUUGAUUCUCUUUCUACAAACGCUAACGUUUCGAAAACUAGAAAGUUUGCGAUCGUAGAAGGAAAAUCGACGUGCCACAUGGCUAGAGAUUCAGAUUACACAUAUCAGAUUAGACCCUAUUUAGAAAAAAUAUAAAUUCGAGUUGAAUCCAGUAUUUCUCCGUCUUAUCACAUCUGCGUUACAGGGGUCCUCGUGAAAAUUAAUAAAAUACCAAUUUGAUUUUUUUAUUUUUGUGAAAUAUUAAUAUUAUAGUACAGUGAAAAAAAAAUUCAUGAUAAGGACCUAUAUACUUAUAUAAAGAAAAGU